AUGGCAGAUGGUUAUACUCAAUACCAGCAGCAAGGGCCUUACACCUAUACACAACAACGACUUCGACGAGGAACGCCCCCUCAAACGCCCUCCCCUACACGAUCCCCCGCCCCUCAGUCUCCAGGGGGGUAUAUUUACCACUCUAGCCAGCAAACUCAUCCCCACGCAGCCCACACAAUGCUAAACGCACAGACCCAGCGUAAUUACAUGCCACAACAACAGAACAUGGCCAAAUUCUUCCCAAUGGGCCAUAACCAACAGGUGGACCACUCAGUAAACCAUGUACAGAACAAUGCGGGUAACAACUCCAUGGCAGGGGGACACUCGCAUUCAUACUCUUCCGGAGGGAUGGGGAACCCAGCAUACUCCUCUCCCCAACAUGUUUCGAAUGGUACACAAAACAACCUUCCAAACACUUCCCAACAUUGGCAGGAACAGCAAAACCUCGUUUCGGUUUCUCGCGCAUCCAGUGCUCCCCAUCACCACGCCCGCCAGGUUGCUCUCUUGAAUAAGGUUUCAAGUGCUCAAGUGACCGGUGGUGUGAAUCCAAGUUCCUACCAACCCGUAAACGGACAGCAUCGAAAGGACGGGCCCCCUGCGGAUAUCUUAGAAAAUAGAAAAGGUGAAAAUGGUGAGAUUGAACGGCAAGAUUGGAAGGCAUUAGAUUUAGGUGGACAGGGUUUACGCGCACUCUCAAAUGCGCUCUUUCAGUACACCUUUUUGGACAAGCUUUAUAUCAACCAUAAUAAGCUUACUGAACUACCAUCUGCGAUUGGGCGCUUAAAACUAUUGCAGCUUUUGGAUGCUUCAGGAAACCAAUUGACCGAGCUGCCACCUGAGCUUGGCAUGCUUACCAACUUGAAAAGCUUGUUCGUUUUCGACAAUCAACUCACCAACUUGCCUUAUGAGCUUGGAUCAUUAUAUCAGCUGGAUGUACUAGGUAUCGAGGGGAAUCCGAUGUCAGAGGCGAUCAAGCAAACGAUGAUCAAAGACGGAACCCGAGCAGUAAUUAUAAAUCUUAGAGAAUCAAUGCCAAUUUCUAUGCCUCCCGCCGAGCGAGAUUGGAUUGUACUUGAUGAUACUGGCAAAAACGAUGCAAAGGCGCAAGCAGACAAGUUCCAGGUUCUGUGUUACAAUAUUCUCUGUGAGAAAUAUGCGACUCCACAAAUGUACGGCUACGCACCGUCAUGGGUGGUGGCUUGGGAUUACCGCAAGGGAAUGAUUAAAGAUCAACUGUUAGACUCAAAGGCAGAUAUAAUCUGUCUACAAGAGGUUGACUGGGAGAAUUACUCCGAGUACUUUAUGCCUGAGUUGGCCAUAGCGGAAUACAAGGGCGUUUUCUAUCCCAAGAGUCGAGCAAAGACCAUGAACGAGCAUGAGAAGAAGUCAGUAGAUGGGUGUGCGACGUUCUUUAAGAGCACCAAAUUUAUGCUACUAGACAAACAGGUUAUUGACUUUAGCUCCUCGGCAAUUCAGCGCGAAGACAUGAAGAAAACUGCCGACAUUUACAAUCGUGUAAUGCCUAAGGACAAUAUCGCCGUUAUUUCAUUCCUUGAAAACAAGCAAACUGGCUCUCGGAUGAUAGUUGCAAACGUGCACAUAUUCUGGGACCCCCAGUUUCGCGACGUCAAGCUCGUCCAAGUUGCAAUGCUUAUGGAAGAGCUCAGUAAAUACGCCGAUAAAUGGGCCAAAAUGCCGCGCUCCUCCAACAAAACAGGGAUUAACAAAAGUGAAUUGGCUGAUGAUGUGCCGGCGCCCACUUAUGCAACCGGCGCUGCGAUACCAUUGAUAAUCUGUGGUGAUUUCAAUUCGAUUGCUGAUUCUGGCGUUUACGAGCUGUUGUCCCGGGGUGUUGUGGCGAGCGACCACGAUGACUUGAAGGAUAGAGUUUAUGGAAACUUUACGCGGGACGGAAUGAGCCAUCCGUUCUCGUUGAAGAGCAGUUACUCAAACAUUGGAGAGUUGAAGUUUACAAAUUAUACGCCAGGUUUUACGGGGGUUAUUGAUUACAUCUGGUAUACAAUGAACAAUCUAAAUGUGUCCGGGUUGAUGGGGGAUGUAGAUAUAGAGUAUUUGGCGAGGGUACCAGGGUUCCCGAAUGUUCACUUCCCUAGCGAUCAUAUUCUUUUGCAAGCCGAAUUUACAGUAAAGCCCCCAAGAAAAGAAAUAGUUAAACCACCACCGCCAGAUUUCGGACAACAGUCAUCAUCACGAAAGCCAUGA